AAUGAAAACAUUUUCCAAACUCGAUCAAUGAGUUUUACUGCAUCCGAUGAAGCGCUUCUUGAUCUGCCUUCUUUAUUUCCGCCAUUUUUCUAUCUGAGCCAGGGCGACGUUUCCUCGGAGACAGCGAUCAAAGAAUAUUAUUCUUUUUGUGGGGUUGGAAAAAAAAACAUACGUAUAUAAUCAGCUUCUGAAUAGAGGAAAGCCCCUCCAGCGAUUGCCAGUCCUCCGCAGCCAUGGUGAAGUUAGGGAACAAUUUGACCGAGAAGAGCAAUGGGAAGGCUGCAGCUACAGAUGGCCUCGAUACCAUCCCUCUCAUCACGCCACUCGACGUCAACCAGCUCCAGUUCCCAGCUCCAGACAAGGUUAUAGUUAAAACACGGGCAGAAUACCAGCCAAGUCAAAAGAAAGGCAAGUUCCAAGCACCUAAAAUUGCUGAAUUUACCAUCAGCUUCACUGACGGGGUUUCGGAGAGGUUCAAGGUCACAGUUCUCAUUCUCUUUGCACUGGCAUUUCUUACCUGCAUAGUGUUCCUGGUGGUGUACAAAGCUUACAAGUAUGAGCACAGCUGCCCAGAUGGAUUUGUCUUCAAGCAUAACCGCUGCAUUCCAUCUGGCUUGGAGACCUACUACUCGGAGCAAGAUUCUGCAUCUCGGGGAAGAUUUUACACUGUCAUCAACCACUACAACAUGGCUAAACAGACCAUUUCACGCUCGGUAUCACCCUGGCUGGCUGCACUCUCUGAAGAGAAAGCACUGGAGAAGGAAAAUGAAGGUGCUGGCAAAACAGCUGAGUAAACUGCCAGGUCUGACCAGCGGUUCCUUGCCAAAACCACCACAGGAACCAACAUUAGCUGCUUAAUGUACAAGGCACUGACAUUAGUAAGGUAUGGAAGAGUUAAUUUGGUCUAGUUCAGUUUUUCUUCCACUCCUGUUCAUUUUAUUCAUGUUAUUUGUAAGUGUUAAUGAAAUUCUUUGCAAGAUGGCAUGCUUGUCUCAUUUUGUUAGGACAUUCAACUAGGAAUGCUGUACUUUUAUUAAUCUCAGGUUGUGGAUAUGAAAGUAAGUAAGUAGAAAAGACCUGCUCCACAUACCAAUUCUCUGGCUAGAUCUUCUAAAAAUGCAAUUAAACUCUAACAUUAAUUAUGCUUUUUUUAAUAAAGGACAAAGUCACCUCCAAAAACCCUAUAUACUAGAUAAUGGAUACUUGAUCAUAUGGUAUGUUAGAAUAAAGUGUUUCUCUUGUAUUGUCAAAUUAGCAAAUACAGCCAAGUAUAUUACUAUGGUUCUGUGUUAACUUAUAAUGUGAAUUGUUUUUUUCUUAGAAUACAAAAGCAGCAAGAGAUUUUAUAAAACAAAUCAUUAGAAUAAAAUAUUCCUUUCCGUCUGAUGCUGCGGUGUUGAUACAAACAUUGCAUUUAGCUGAAACUGAAUCCAGGGAAAGCAUAGGUUGGAGUCAUUUACAGAAUAGCAAAUUUGGUAGCUGGAUCAUGAAGCUAUAUACUGUGUUCUAACAUACAAGUUUAAACAAUCUUAAAGAAAAGGUGGGUUACCAUUGCCACAGCUCAUUGACAGACAGCUAGGCAGAACUCCCUCCAGUUCCCCAGAAUUUGUAACGGCUGCAUUCUGUUUUUGCUCCUGUGAGCUAACAAUAUGGCUUUACAGAGAAAGAAGUAUUUUGUCUAAUUUCGUACAAUAGGUAGGAUAUUUUACGCCAGUCACAAAUUUUGAAGAAAAUAAUCAGUGUUUUUAUAUUUAAGAAUGGUUUUUAGAUUAGUUCCUGCCAUUCUGGGAAGAUAUCCCAAGCAGCUUUUUCCUGAAAUAGGCACACGCCUUGACUGUUCAGGAUUUGAAUGGCAUUUCAAGACCUUUCAAGGGAACCAAGCAUGUGAACCUACACUAAACAUUUCUGCCAUCAGUAACAAUAAUUGGAGCCUGUUCUUCAGAAGCUGAAUUUGUGUAGAAAAACUAAACAAAGAGCAUUGCUUUUAAGGAAUGAGGAUUAUUUCAAACCAUGUCAAUUUUUUAAAAAAUGAAAUCUUUUACUGAUAAUAAUGAAACACAAUGUCAUCUGUUGGCAUUUAAAAAAGUAUUUUUCAGUCAUACUUGUGUGUAAUGUUUUAUAAUUUAAUUAAGACUUUAAUUAUACACACAAAUUAUACUUAGUCCUGAAACGUAGACAAUAUUUAUGUAAUAUUUCCUUUGUUUGACAUCUCUCCAUCUCCCCUCAAGUUCAGGAGGAAGUAAGCACCUCAUUUUGUUUCCUGCCACUGGUCAAUUAUCUAGUAACCAGCUAGUCAAAUUACUUUUAUAAUUACGAGGUGCAAAUAUCAAGUCAAAAGCCAGAUGUGGACACUUGAGACCAAUUUCUACAAAAUCACUUUGGAUGUUGAGAGAAAGACAUGAAAGGAUAAAAGAGAAAAAAAAAGAUGCAGACAUACAACAAAUUGAGUGCCAAAACAUCAUGCUUUGUAAAACGUGUGCCAUAUUUGUCAUUUAGUGUUUAUGGUGUUAUUUCAGUCUUGUUUGUACAGAACUUCAUGUGUUUUAUACAUCUGAGCAAAAAUGAUACUUGUAUUGGAUGUAAAAUGAAGCAAUGAGGGUAUAACCGAUUCACUAUUUAAAACAAUAAAGUCAAGUAAUAUGA